UCCUUUAAUUUAUAUAAUUUUUUUAAACAACCUCUUAAUGUUGAAACUUAAUGGGCUAUUUUUUUGUUGAUGUUUUUUUCGAAAAUCUGGUUAAAUUCGCCGAUUAAAAGAUAGUUAUUCGUCGAUUAGAUUAUGAAUAGUUUAGAAUUAAUCAUCGAUGUCGAUUUAAAUCAAAUAUUAACAAAUUAUAAUAAAAACAAUCUUAUCAAACUACUUCUCUAAAAUCACCCCAUUCAAAUAAUGCAAUAACAAAAACACUUACAAAAUACUAACAAUAAGUGUAUUAUCACACCCAUAUCUAAAUUAUUGAUAAAUAUUAAUAACAUUUUAAGUAAUCAGUUCCGAUAAAUUAUUUCACGGUCACAUGUGUCGAAAAUUGGUUAAUUUUUAAGUUUUUAAGCCCAUGGCAAUGAAAAGUGGAGGACGUCUCGGUUACUUUCGAAUAAAAAGCAAGUUCAAGCAAACGUAAGUAGACUUUACUUAGUUAAAAUCGAGUGAAAGUGGCGUCGAAACGCAUUCGCAGUCACAACUUGUCCAAUCUUAUCGAACAAUUGGAUUAAGUGCGUUAUACAACAUAGAUUUUUAUUAAUAAAUCUAAAUCAACGUCGAUUAUUGAUAUAGAUGUCCAGACAUAAACAAGGCGUCCACGUUUUUGGAGGCAUCACGUGAGAAUAAGAAAUGUUUGUGAAACCAUCAAAGAUGAGUAAAGUGGAUGAAGAUAACAAAUACGUCGUGUUGCUUUUGGGCUUCGUUGCGGCAUCUUUAAGUCCGUUUUUGUUGGUGUGGUACGCAUUGCAUUGCACCACUUACGUCGUAAGCAAGAUUUUAAUACCAGUUUUUGGAUUGGCCAUAGUAUUCCUCGUCGGUUUUCCACUUCUUUGCACGAUGAAGUGGAUUUACGCAACCUACGCGUUCAUCUAUAAUAUGGUUAUUAAUUUUAUUUUAGCCAUCGUUCAAUGGAUGGAAGAAAAUAAAACUAAUUCACCUAUUUCGACGGAAACGAGAAGAAUUUAUGCUUCUUCUAACGAUUUUGAUUUUAAAUAAUGAUUAUUUAUAUUAAUUAAUCAUUUAUUAAGUUUUACAUCCUUUAAUAAACUUUUAA